CGGUAGGCCGUAGCGGACGUAGUAGUGCGUCGGAGACGAGAGAGGAGGAAGCUGCACCCUCUUCAAAGAUAGCUCCUUUGAAGCUUCAUUGGCCAGUAGAAAGCCGACUGCAAAAGGGAGCCAAGUGUGUGGGACCAGUCUAGACUGUGGAGAGAGAGGGUUUUAUGAUUGAUAAUGGAGGCGUUAUGGUGGCGAAUGUUGUGGUGAUAUUGCUGCCGCUUUAAUGGGGUGAUAAGAUAACUGCUGUUACUGCUGCCCUUGCAAUCGGACCUGGAAAAGGAGAAGAGCAAAUUGGGAUAGGGAUCGACAGUUAUCGCUGCGCUGCUCCGCUGCAGGUGGUGGCGGUGACGAGAGGAGGCGACGCGUUCUCCAUGGCGUAUGAGGCAGCGGCUCGUGUCGGCGCGAGGGCGGAAGGAGUUCAGAGCGGGAAAGGUCUUGGAGGAGGGGAUGUUCUCUACGAGGAGCUGUGGAGGGCGUGCGCGGGACCGCUGGUGGAAGUGCCGCGGGCCGACGACCGUGUGUUCUACUUCCCCCAGGGUCAUAUCGAACAGUUGGAGGCGUCGACGAAUCAGGAGUUGAAUCAGCAGAUUCCUCUCUUCAAUCUCCCUUACAAGAUUCUCUGCCGCGUCGUCGAUGUUCGUCUGAAGGCCGAUCCUGAAACAGAUGAAGUGUUUGCUCAAAUUGUACUCCUCCCCGAAGCAGAUCAGCGUGAGCCUACGAACUCUGAACCACGUCUCCCGGAACAGCCGAGGCCGACGGUCUACUCUUUCUGCAAGAUCUUGACAGCCUCGGACACCAGCACUCAUGGCGGAUUCUCUGUUCUCCGGAGACAUGCCACGGAAUGCCUUCCUCCGCUUGACAUGUCGCAGCAGACCCCAACCCAAGAACUCGUUGCCAAGGAUCUCCACAACUUCGAAUGGAGAUUCAAGCACAUCUACAGAGGUCAACCGCGGAGGCACUUGCUCACCACUGGGUGGAGUACCUUCGUCACCUCAAAGAGAUUAGCUGCUGGGGAUGCAUUUGUUUUUCUAAGAGGGGAGAACGGAGAACUGCGUGUGGGGGUACGAUGCCUCGCUCGUCAGCGGUCGGCGAUUCCAGCAUCAGUGAUAUCGAGCCAAAGCAUGCAUCUUGGUGUUCUUGCAGCUGCGUCACAUGCUGUGACUACAAACACCCUCUUCACCGUCUACUACAAGCCAAGGACAAGUCAAUUCAUUAUCAGUGUCAACAAGUACUCGAAAGCUUUGCAAGAAGGUUACACGCUGGGGACAAGAUUUAAGAUGAGAUUUGAGGGUGAAGAUGUUCCUGAGAAAAGGUUUUCUGGGACCGUAAUUGGGAUUGAAGACUGUUCUUCUCAGUGGACAGGUUCUAAGUGGAGAUCAUUGAAGGUUCAAUGGGAUGAAGCAUGCAAUAUCGAUCGGCCUGAGAGAGUUUCUCCAUGGGAGAUCGAGCCUUUCAAUGCCUUGACGCCUGCUUCAAGUUUAGCACAGCCGGUUGUUGUGAAGUCGAAAAGAUCUAGGCAACCCAGUGACACUGCUGAUCUCUCGAUCCUUGAACCUACCGCGGCAUUCUGGUACUCAGGGACGAACGAGCCACAUGAAAUGUUAUCAUUCACUGGCACCGAUGCCGAAAACCUUGAGACUCAUGAUGCUUGGCCAUGCAUUCAGAAGGAACGCAAAGGAAAUGAUAUCGUGAUUGCCUCGAGUUCUCAUGAUCAAGUAUUAUGCGAUGGUUGGUUUAGGGAAGUCCAAACUCCACGGAGGAGCUCACCUUCCUUGCUAAAUUCUCUAAAUCUUUUCCAAGAAACAAAUGAAGAGACCAAGUGUGCUGCUUACACCAAUUGUAUCGAUAAGGAUCCAUCUCUGAAGUUUGGCAAUGGUGAAGAUGAAUCGAGGAAGCCUGAAGGUCGCAGCAUCACUUACAGGUUAUUUGGAAUUGAUCUGUUCAGUCACUCCAAUUGCACAGCUGAUACAGACAUGGUGACCGGAUUGCCUUUCAGCAACUCCGAUCAGAAAGCGGGGUUUUCAAAAUCUUCAAAGGAGCAAAAACAAUCCCCACAGGACAAUUCAAAGGAGAUUUAUGGUAGACAUAGUUGUUCGGGCAGAAGCCGCACGAAGGUUCACAUGCAUGGCCUCGCGGUAGGCCGAGCUGUGGAUCUGACGGUUCUCGAAGGAUAUGAUGAGCUGCUAGCGGAGUUGGAGCAGAUGUUCAAGAUCGAAGGGGAACUCCAACACCGGAACAAAUGGGAAGUUGUCUUCACGGAUGAUGAGGGUGAUAUGAUGCUAGUUGGGGAUGAUCCUUGGCUGGAAUUCUGCAAUAUGGCCAGAAAGAUUUUCAUCUACCCUGCUGAAGAGGUGAAGAAAAUGAAGCCCAGAGGCAGGCUUACUCCGGUGGCUGACGGCGAAGAACAUGUUCUUUGUUCCGAAAAGGAUUCUACAACUGAAGUAUGAUAGCAACAUCAGUUGAUGCAAUCGACUUCAAGUAACAUCACUAGAAUUCAGCUCAUGUUUUUAAGAGCUUUGGAGAGACAUGAAUUACCAGAGGAAUGCUCAUAGCAACAAAACUAGAUUAUCAGAAGAACCAGGUGUUGCAGAAGGGGAAAACAGGGGAUAUGCUUGUGUUUUCUGGUUCUGCAGGUCUCUGCUGUCUUUACCAUCUUCCAUAAUGCCAUUGUGAUCAACUUGUAAAUACAUGGCUUGAAUAUUUUGCCUUUGCCAUUUUUGUGUGAACUGUCAGUUGUUUCAGUUUAGUGAAGUCAAUUGUUCA